CAAGCGGAGAGAAGUUAUUAGAGAAUAUAUUGCACCGGGUCAAAGACAAACACUAUGAUUAUACUGUCAUAAGUCUAUCAGGAACAGUGCAAACGUCAACGUGGAAUAAUGAUACGAGCUCUCGGUACCGGCCCUGUGUGCGCGCGCUUACUCUCGCAGGGAUCAAAGUUUGCAACGUGCAGAGUUGCACAUCACAGCGGCACAUUUGAUGUGGCCAUCAUUGGUGGAGGGAUUGUUGGACUGGCCUCAGCCAGAGAGCUGAUCCUCAGGCACCCAAAUCUCAGCUUUGCCCUGGUGGAGAAAGAGAAAGAGCUCGCUCUUCAUCAAACAGGUCAUAACAGUGGUGUGAUUCACAGUGGGAUUUACUACACACCGGGUUCUCUGAAGGCUCAGCUUUGUGUUCGCGGGGCCAUGUUGACAUAUCAGUACUGCCAGAAGAAAGGUGUCCCUUAUAAGAGAUGUGGCAAGCUGAUAGUAGCAGUGGAGAGAGAGGAGAUUCCCUAUCUAAAGGCUCUGUAUGAACGUGGUAAGAAGAACAAAGUACAAGAUCUCCGUCUGAUUGACGCCAAAGCCAUCCGAGAGAAAGAGCCAUACUGCAGGGGCAUCAUGGCACUGGACUCUCCUUACACAGGGAUUGUUGACUGGCGGGUUGUGGCUCUGACUUAUGGUAAGGACUUCCAGGAAGCAGGUGGCACUGUGUUGACCAGCUUUGAAGCCUCUGAUGUCACAUUAGCAGCAGAGAGCCCAGAUGGAAGCACUGAGGGGCUGAAAUAUAACAUCAUCGUCAGAAGCUCAAAGGGGCAGGAGGUGAGGUGUCGCUUUGCAUUGGCGUGUGGAGGCCUGUACUCUGAUAUGUUGUCUGAGAUGUCUGGCUGUAAUUCAGAGCCCCGUAUCAUUCCCUUUAGAGGAGAUUACCUAGUGCUCAAGCCAGAGAAAAACUACCUGGUGAGGGGCAACAUCUACCCUGUCCCGAACCCACGGUUCCCAUUCCUGGGAGUGCAUUUCACUCCUCGCAUGGACGGCAGCGUUUGGCUGGGCCCAAAUGCGGUGUUGGCAUUCAAACGAGAGGGCUAUAAACUCUAUGACUUCAACAUACAAGAAUUGAUUAAUGCACUCUCCUACAGGGGUCUGCAGAAACUGGUUCUGAAGAAUAUUGUGUAUGGAAUGGGAGAGAUGUACAGAGGUGUGUUUACCAGCGCUCAGGUGAAGAUUUUGCAGAAGUUCAUACCUGAACUGAGCCCCAGUGACGUCCUCAGGGGGCCGUCAGGUGUACGUGCACAGGCUUUGGAUGCUGAAGGAAACCUGGUGGACGAUUUUGUGUUUGACGGAGGGAAGGGAGAACUGGGCAGCCGAGUUCUGCAUGUACGCAAUGCACCGUCACCCGCAGCAACCUCCUCCCUGGCUAUCGCUGAAAUGGUCGCAGACGAGCUGGAGAAAAGAUUUCAGCUAUAAACAUCCCCAGUUGUGAUGUCAAAAGGAUCUGUAUUGCCAUCACAAUGAUUACACUAUCCAUCUGAUACCUUGAUUAAUAGAAUAAGAAAAUAAAAUAAAAUUGGUUUUUAUAAACAAACCUAUUAGAACAUAGUAGAAUGAAAUAGGUUUUGGUGUUCUUUUCUAAUGUAUCUUAAUUUCUGAUUAAGAUUGCAGGAAAUGCUGGAUAACUGUCAUUAUUUCUUUAUAAAUCUCAUGACUUUAUGAGAAAGAGGAAUGGCCUUAAAUAAUGUACAUAGCUGCACAGGAAAAUGACCUCACUUCAUAUCUGAAUUUAUAAAAAUAAAACAUGAUGACUUAUUUUAGCUGGUGGGUCUAAAAUGUAUCCCUGACCGCCCUAUCUCUAAACAUUUCUGUUUUAUUGUUUCCUGCUGAAACACAAUUUUGUUGAAAUGUUUUAUUUCCCCAUGUUCAGUUGAAAGGAUAGUGAUCAUUUACUCACCCUCAUGCCAUCCUAGAUGUGUAUGAAUUUAUUUCUUCUGCAGAACACAAAUUAAGAUUUUAAGAAUAUUUCAGUUAUGUAGGUCUAUACAAUGUAAGUGAAUGGUGACUAGACCUUUCAAUCUCCAAAAAGCACAAGCAUAAAUGUAAUCCAUAAGAUUCCAGUGGUUAACUCUGUCUUGAGAAGUAAUGUAACAGUUGUGGGUGAGAAACAGAUCAAUAUUUUAGUUCUUUUUUACUCUAAAUAACCGCUGGUAUCAUACUGAUUACUUUUAUGCUGCCUUUAUGUGAUUUUUGGAGCUUGAAAUGUUUGGUUAACAUUUGGAAAGGACCUACAGAGCUUAAAUAUCUUCUAAAAUCUUCUUUUGUUUUCAGCAGAAGAAAGAAAGUCAUACACCUCUGGGAAUUCACGAAAGUGAGAAAAUUGUGAGAAUUUGUAUUUUUUGGGUGAACUAUCCCUUUAAAUGACAAGUUUUUACAUGAUUUCUAACGAAAUCAUUCUGCUCUUUACCACAUGAGGGCAGUUGUUGGCUGGAAAUUUAGGGGAUUUCUAGACGUACAGUAACUAAACUAACCAUCUGCAAUAUCUGAUAUAAUCUUUGAAGUAUUGGAAAAACGCAAUUAUUAAUAAUUUUUACUUUUUAGAAUGUUUACUAUAAUUUUCUAAUUGGUACAUAAAAUUCCUUCGCCGUAAAAAUAUAUUUAGAAUAAAAAUGU